AACACGUUGUUGGUGCUGCGAGGCUUCAGGUCGGGCAACGCCCGUUUUAAUGUCCGCAGUGUCCGCGCGGUUGGUUCUUUGUUUCGUGGAUCUGCGUCUACCCCAGUUGAUGAGAGAACACUCAGCCUCCACAUAUAUUACGUAUUGAGCGAAAUCCCGAAUGAAAUCCCGGUGAAAUCGUUCGCGGCUUCCGGUAUCGACGUCAAGCAAGGUGCCUGGGAAAGAAGGUCGUGAUGAUGGCACAGCUUGAACUAGACCCGCUAUUUCUGAAAGCCCUGCGCCUGCUUCACUCUAAAGCGAAGGACUCGGCGGAACAGCUACGCCAACUCAUUGAAGACACGCUUGCCCAAAGACAAAGCCUAGGCGUGUCAUCCGGAAAGGACACCAAAAGUGUGCUCAACACAAUAAAGCUGGAAAACGACCUGAAGGGUUCCCAUGCUCUGAGCAAGAGGCAGUCGCCUAAACAUGAACUGGGAGGUGCCCCACGUCUCUUUGGUUCCGAUGACGUUAAAAAGAAGGAACUGCCCCUGGAACGGAAGCCCGUCAUAGCACCCGUCACAUCACUUCCACUGAAAUCUGAACCCAGCUCUGCCAGCAGUGAGGUAACUGGUUUAUUUGAAUCGAAACGUCCAAGAACAGAAUCUCCAACUCAGCAGUCACAGUCAUCUUCCCCAGCAAGUCGGAUAGCGUCGUCGUCGUCUCCUACGUCCAGCAGUGAAGCGGAAGACUUUGCAAUUGAAAUGGGUCUAGUCUGCGUCGUCUGCAACCAACUGGAUGUGACUGCAAAGAACCAGUUAAUAGAAUGCCAUGAAUGUCACUGCCUUUAUCAUCAGGAAUGCCAUCGUCCUCCUGCUACAGAUUACGACGUGAACGAUCCUCGUUUUGUGUGGUAUUGUGCACAGUGUACAAAGAAGAUGAAGAAGAUGGCAACAAAGCCAGCAAAGCCGGCAUCGAAGCCAGUAUUUGGAGUUCCCAGGGAACUCACACCUCCCAGCAAGCCAGAGACGCCACCACCUCUAACGUCCCAGCCGUUCAAGAGGGCUGAACUCAAGGUACCACCAGUGACAUUAGGUGGCGGUCCAAACAAGCCAAUUGGUCUAGCGGGGCUUGCAGCAAAUCUAAGCAAGCCGAAGCCCCUCAAGCCUGCCUCUUCGUCCUCAUCCUCCUCCUCUUCAUCCUCCUCGGCAAACGCCACGAAAUCCCUCCCUCUCCCACCUUCAUUCUCGGGGCUCUCGAGCCUCGCCAUGGCUGCAGCCAAGGCUGGAACAACAACUACACCAUCGCUAUCGGGACGUCCUGGCAAUGGCAACGGCGGCGGCAGUGGCGGACUAGCGGCACUGCAGCGGAGUAGUAGCGGUGGCACGAUGGGAACCUCAGCGAAUCCCAGUGCGGCCACUUCGGGAUCCCGCGGAGUUUUGGGGAACGGAAACGGUGGGGGAUCCGGCAAUAACGGAGGCGGGAGCAGUGCAUCAACGCCAUUGUCUGUGGCGGGAGGCAAUGGAAAACAGGCAUCGUCUUCUAUGUUGAUGUCAGCUGAUAAACGGUUGCAGAUUAUGAAGAAAAAGGCUGCAGCAAAAAUGCAGGAGAAACGGAGGGUAGUGCCGAAGUAGCGACAGACCUGCAUCACAAGAAACUGAACUUUUGUCCACGACGCCUGGAAUUCUUAAAGAGUUCGUAGGACUUUUCUCCCCCACGUUUCAAGCUAGUCCUAGUACAAUUUUAAACCACUCAUGGUGUUGUCUUCCUUCCAAAUGAACUUUCCACCACUCUAUACUGCACAUAGGUCGGUCAUCAACAUUGCAGUUCACGUGUCGUAGCAAAACCGAAUGACAAUCUUGGCACCUCACAAGUGGGUGCGAUUCAGGACAGUUCGCGACACUGCACAAGGUUUGCAGCCGACGUACGCCCCUCAUCCAGCUGUACAAGGUUGCCAUCCUCGUCAAACAGGAGCUGCGUGCUGUGUUCGUCCUUCGUUGCAGUUGAUGCUGCUUCUUUGCAACGAAGCAACCUCAGCGUGUGAAGGAGGUCGUCCUGUCGCAGUUCAUCGCUGGAAGGAUUUAAGUGGACUGCUGUGCUGAAACUCCGCAGAGCCUGUGAAUUUAGAAAGCAUUUUUGUCUCCAUAGUGGGUCAGAAAUGGGAGCAAAUAAACGUGGCUCGCAAACGUA